GAAAAGGUUGGAGCACUUAAGGUCCCACGGACGUUACGUAGUGCAGUGAACAAAUUCUCAGUAUCUAGCUGCAAAACGUUGUGACAUGUACUCAAAUAAGUUUAGCCGUCUCGUGUUAGGACUUUACGGCCGUAAACGGAGCGCUGUUAGCGGGGCGGUACAGAGCGCUGCGGGCCGGAGCGGAUUCAGCUGGACGGCGGUGUGUAAACAGCGGUCACUGAGGCUGCAGAGGAGCAGCUGUCCGGAGGUGCAGCAUCAUGCCCUGUCCUCUCAAAUCAGUACUAGGUCAGCCUCCCAAACCACAGUGGACCCGGAUGAGGUGAGAAGAUUCCAGUCACUGGCCAGCAAGUGGUGGGAUGAACAGGGAGAAUUUGCAGCUCUUCAUGCUAUGAAUGACCUGAGGGUGCCUUUUAUACGGGAUAAUCUGCUGAAUGUGCACAGAGCACGGCAUCCUGGGAAACCACUGGCAGGACUCAGAAUACUGGAUGUUGGCUGUGGAGGAGGCCUGCUCACAGAGCCCCUCGGUCGCCUGGGGGCUAAUGUGUUGGGUAUAGAUCCAGUAGAGGACAGCAUCUGCACCGCCCAGCUGCAUGCGUCCUAUGACCCGGACCUUCGUGACUGGGUCUCCUACCGGGCCUGCACCUUGGAGGAGCUCUCAGCAGAAGGCGAGGAGGAGCAAGGAGCCGGCCAUUUUGACGCUGUUGUGGCAUCAGAGGUGGUGGAACAUCUGGCCGACCUGGAAACAUUCGCCUUCUGCUGCAGCCACGUGGUGAAGCCAGGGGGCUCACUCUUCAUCACUACUAUUAAUAAAACCAACCUGUCAUACGCACUGGGUAUUGUUGUAGCCGAGCAGUUGCUGCGUAUCGUUCCCAGUGGGACGCACGACUGGGAAAAGUUCAUCAGCCCAGUGGAGCUGGAGCGCCUCCUGGAGUCAAAUGGUUUCUCAGUGCAGUCCGUACAAGGAAUGCUGUACAACCCAGUAUCAGGAGCCUGGAGCUGGACAAACAGCACGGCCAUCAACUACGCCCUCCACGCUGUCAAACUGAGAGACGAUCCCCAGCCAGAUCAAGCUGAGGAAAGCAACCCCCACCCAGAGGACCACACUGCAGCUACUCACAGCUGAGCCACAAGACUGGAGAGAAAUCAGAAAAUGAGAGAAAAAAAAAAAAUCAGAUGUGUGGAGUUGUAACUUCACAGAGGCCAGAGGCUGGGAUGCAGCACGUGACGGUGGUUAUUAAAGGAAAGGGACAAACAGCCCUGAGAUAGAAUUAGAGAUGUGUUGCAGUUGCUGGUUUGCACUCAGAGUAAAAUUGUGUGAUGCUUUUAGUUUCCAGUCAGCCUUUGCUUUACUCUGAGCCGGUGUUACAAAUGGUUUUAUAGAGUUUAAUGAGCUGUGCAAGGCAACUGUGCAUCUUCUUAUUAUGUAAUUCAGUAGCAGAGCUGUGUAACAAUCUAUUCUAGCAACAUCAAUCAUUUGCAGUGUGUCUACUGUACUGAACCAGCGUGGUGUUUUAGGUUGAAUAUUUUGUGAUUUGCCAUAUCUUCUAUUAAAAUUAUCUCAAGUGAAGCCUAAGAGUAAGAAAACAGAUUUGUUUGGCCCUGGCCCCUAUACCAACAAAUAGAUUUCAUGCUAAUAUGAGCUGCACGCUGAAAACCAAUUUUAGAUGCUAAAGUCUGGAGAAGUCAUGUCCGCACGCGAGAGGGGACUCACUUCCUCUGAGAUUAUAAUGGGUCUUCUGUGGAAGUAUUAUAUAAUACAAAUCAUGCCCAUGGCAGAGAAUAAGUCAUGCUUGCAUGAUGUUCUUAGAGACCAAUAACCAGGUUGUAAGAGCUGUGCAGAAAUCAUAUUGUUCUGCUAAUGCAGAUUAUAAAAUGGACUCUGAGGUUUAUGAGAAGGUCCAGAGGUCCCAAAACAAGGAACAAUACUUUUUUUUCACAUUGUAAAAAUGAUUCCAGUGUAUAAUGUUGAUGAUAAUGAUAACCAUUGUAUUAUGUAAAUAAUAAAGGGAGGUGGGUAAACCUUGA